AUGUCGCGAGACGAUAACAACCAUUGGAGCGUGCGACGGCCAAGAGAGACCCUAGGAGGUCUCAACUUCAACACAGGCAUCCCACAACCACCCUCAGCGAUGAAGCGCACCAGCACCAUCGGCAGCGCGAGCCAUGGGCGCUCCAUGUCCGGCUCGCGCCACUCCCUCGCCGUCUCGCGUCCGAACCAGCCCAUGUUCCAACGCUCGUCGUCCGGCACGAACCUCGCCGACAUUGGCCUGUCCUCCGUCAAGCGCGCCUCGGUCGCGGGCUAUAACCCCAACGCCACGGCGACUAUGAAGUCAUACCACACCCCCGGCCCAUCCACCGACGACCGUCGCAGCAGUGUCUACCGCGCGCGCCCCUCGACCGCUGCCGGCCCCAUGAGCGGGCACCAGAGCUUUUUUCAGCAAGCGCCCCAAGCCGCCGGUGUACCACGAGACCCCCGGCCAUUGAAGGAUAGGUCGUAUCAGAACCGGUUGGGACAGGAGUUGAUUGAAUAUCUGGCGCAGCACAACUUUGAGAUGGAGAUGAACCAUAAGCUGUCGGAUAACUUUAUCAAAUCGCCCACACAGAAGGACUUCAACUACAUGUUUCAAUGGCUGUACCAUCGCAUCGACCCGAGCUACCGCUUUCAGAAGAAUAUCGAUCAGGAGGUGCCACCACUGCUAAAACAACUCCGCUACCCAUACGAGAGGAGCAUUACCAAGAGCCAGAUCGCUGCGGUCGGCGGCCAAAAUUGGAGUACAUUUUUGGGGUUGCUCCACUGGAUGAUGCAGCUGGCGCAAAUGCUGGACCGGUAUCUACUGAACCAGUACGAUGAGGCGUGCAUGGAGGCCGGAGUCGACGUGGCGGGGGAUAACAUCAUCUUCGACUUUCUGACGAACGCGUACCAGGACUGGCUCAAUAUGGACGACGAGGCUGGAGACGAGGACGUCGAGAAAGCCCUGGUGCCUCACGUCCAGGGUAUGGCUCGGGCCUUUGAGCGGUCCAACGCCAAGUACAUCCAGGAAAUGGAGAUGCUGGAAGGCGAGCACGCGCGGUUGCUUAAGGAGGUUGAGGACCUCGAGAAAUCUACACCGGACCCGGCCGUGCUCGACAACCAUUUUAAGAUCAUGGAGGAAGACAAGGCCAAGUUUGAGGAGUACAACACGCUGGCCAUGCAGCGGUCGGAGAAGUACGAAGGCCGCAUUCAGGUGCUGCAGGAAGAACUCGAUAAGCUACAAGGCGAGUUGAAGGAGGCCGAAGCCGAGCGGCGUCAGCUUAAGGACGCAGUGGACGACCAGGGGAUCAGCAUGCAGGAUAUCGACCGCAUGACUGCCGAGCGGGAGCGUCUUCAGAAGAGCAUCGAAUCCGCUGGGCAGCGGCUAGAAGAUGUGAAGCGCAAAGUAGCCGAACGUGAAAUGGAGGCCAGUCAGCGUCUCGACGAGCUCGAGCGCAUGGUUGACCGCUACAACACAGUCGCCUACCAAAUCGGCCUCAUCCCCGCUUCAGCUGUCAACGCCAAAGGCCAAGACUACGAACUCCAAGUCACCGUCAACGAAGGACCCAACUUCACCUCCUCCCAGCUCCAAGGCUCCUACGGCGCGGGCGACAGCGAUCGCCUUCUAGCGGACCCGACCACCGGCUACCAACCAGCACACGUGCUCAACCUCGACCUUCGGGGGCAGGUUAAGAACAGCUUCCUGGGGCUGCGCAAGGAGGUGUCGGAGCGGCGGAAGGCGGCGCUGGACGCGAUGAUGGAGGACCACGACCUGCUGGAUCGGGCCAAGGAGGCCAUCGAGGACAAGCGGAACGAGGUGGAGGCGUUGGAGCAUCGCGUGCGUGCCGCGGAGGAGGAGUACGAGCGCACCAAGGAGGUGACGACCGCGCAGAAGCUCGCGUCGGACGCGCAGAUUGAGAAGAUGGAGAAGGAGCUGGCUAAGAUGCGUGCUGCGUUGUCGGAGUCGGUGCAGCUUAUGGAGCAGAGGGAGAUGAACACCAAUAUUGAGUACGAGCAACUCACCCUCCGCGCCAACGCGCUUCGCGAGGAGCUGCAUACCGAAACGAUGCGCAUGCUCAACGACGUUAUCAAGUUCAAGAUGCACGUGCAAAAGAGCCUGGAAGAGUACGAGACGUUUGUGGCCGACGAGCUAGAGAAGGAACUCGGCAGCGAGGAGAUGCGCGAUGAUACCCAAGCGAUGGAGAUGUAG